CAUGCAAACAUUUAUUUUCGAUUAGCAUCGCAGUUUCUCACGCAGGAUGAACCGGCAUACUGCGGUCUUUCUACCCUAGUAAUGGUGUUGAAUGCGCUUGAGGUGGAUCCAGGUCGGGUCUGGAAGUCACCGUGGCGAUUUUACCAUGAAAGCAUGCUUGACUGUUGCUUAUCGCUAGAUGAAAUCAAAACAAAAGGAAUAACACUGCCCCAAUUUACGUGCUUAGCCGAAUGCAAUAAGCUGAUCAUCGAUCUGAAGUACGCGGAAUCCACACCAGAGUUUUUGGCAACAUUUCGAGAAACAGUAAAGCGAUGCAUGGCAGCAGAGGAUACAAUCCUUGUGGUGAGCUACAAUCGAAAAAUACUCAGUCAGACUGGUACAGGUCAUUUUUCGCCUUUGGGUGCUUAUCACGAGGAAAGUGAUCAAGUGCUCAUCCUGGAUGUCGCACGAUUCAAAUAUCCACCACACUGGGUGAAACUAUCGACUGUACGGGAUGCGAUGCUCAGCAUUGAUCCAACCACCAAGAAACCUCGAGGUACACCUUUCUGUCAUGAUUCUUCACAGCUGGACAAGCAAGCAGUGGCCAGAUCUUGCUAUGCACUUUUGUGUCUCCGAUGA